GCUUCUUAGCAAGCCAGCUUGGAGGGUCUCGGUAGACCGGUCUCUAUGUUAAGAGCUAAUUUUAUAAUUACUGCUUUACAAUAUUGUCUUUUCUUCUUCUGACUUCUCGUCCGAGUUGUCGUAUUAAAAGGAGACCAGCCAACGUAACGUAUCUCUUUGUAGUACAACGUAUUUUUUAUUAUUCUCAAUAAAAAAUCAAGUUAGGAAACUUUUGUCGCAGUAGAAAAACUGCAUAUGCUUCUGACUUGUUUAUCUAAUUAAUUUCACUUAGCUUAUGAUCUGGAUUGCCUUUCAUUCACAGAACGAUUGCGGCAGAAAUUAUAACAUUCAGAAAUGGUGAUGAUGUUAGCGCUAGUGCUGUUGUUUAUGCUCACUGGAGGCGCAUCCGCCCAGACGUCGCGUCGUCCAUGGUGGGAAGAAUUCGACACUCCGGCGGCGACGGAGCCCACGUCCAGUAACGCCAUCCCAGAAGCGCUCGUCGUCCCCCUGGACUUGAGCAAAGUUUGUUGCGAGUGCGUCCCGUUUUAUCUCUGCGACUCCGACAACAAUAUCGUCACUGAUGGCUCGACUGCGAUCGGUCCCAGGAUCGGAGCUGGAAACCGGGUCUUUAAUGUUGAGAAUUGCCCUGGCGACCAACAAUUUUGCUGCAAGCCAAAAUCGGCACCGCCCAAUUGUGACAUGAGUCAGAAUCCUGCUCCAAACCCUGUUCCCGUGGAUGGCGAAGGGGGGUCGUGUGAUUGUCUCCACUGGGAACUUUGUCCGGAAGGACUUCGAAUCAGCGACGGGAGUGCGCCAAAAAUAUUCCUUGACGGCAACAUCUCCCUUCCCGCCCACGCUCGGUGCCUGGGAUCGUUUCAAGUUUGUUGUGCAUUAGACUCGGAACCUGAAGUAUCAACCCCUCCAUCAGACACCAACAGGUUAAUUUGCGUGAAUCCCGAGUUAUGCGGGGCGGAUGGCAACAUAUUGGCUGCCAGUUUGGAUCUCAGGAACCUCGCAGCGAGCGCCAGGACGCCGCCGUGCGUCUCGCCAAUGCUGGCAUGCAGGAUACCCGCUGAUUUGGAUGGAACGACAACAGGACCUCCGGUGGUGCCUCCCUCCCCCCCGCCUGUAAUCGUCGACCAAAAAUGCGAAGGAAGGAGGAACCCUCAAGGGAUAUCGGUUCGCAUCGCAGGUUUCAACAACAGUGAGAGCCAGUUCGGGGAGUUCCCUUGGGUGGGCAUGAUCCUGCGUACAUACUUCGUGGCCGACAGUCCCAUGAACGCCUUCAUCGGGGGCGCCAUCUUGGUGCAUCCGCGCAUCAUGCUCACUGCAGCACAUAAAGUCUACAAGGAGAACGUAACUAAUCUUCACGUGCGCGUGGGCGAGUGGGACAUCGAGACAGACUUCGAGCCCGGCCAGCACCAGGGACGCGCCGUCGAGAGCAUCGUUCUGCACCCGCUCUUCAACGACAAGAACCUGCAGCACGACGUGGCCCUUGUGGUGCUGGCGACGCCGGUGACACUGCAAGCACACGUCAGGAGCAUCUGCCUGGCGCGGUCGCUGAAUGACGUCCAAACCAACGCCUGCGUCAUCAACGGCUGGGGGAAGAACAGCUUCGAGGGUGGGAGCUACCAAACUGUGAUGAAGAGCUUGACGCUGCCUCUGGUGGCACACAACCGUUGUCAGUCGCUCCUGCGUGAAACGCGACUGGGCUAUUGGUUUGAGCUGCACUCUUCCUUCAUCUGCGCGGGCGGCGAACUCGGCAAAGACGCCUGCACGAGUGAUGGUGGAGGCCCCCUGGCCUGCCCCCGGCGCGGCGCCCCCAACGAGUACCUGCUUGUGGGCAUCACCGCGUGGGGCAUCGGCUGCGGGGACCAGGGCGUCCCAGGAGUCUACGCCAGCACCAUCGCCGACCGCAGUUGGAUAACAGCAGAGAUGGAACGCAUCGCCCCCGACGUCAUCCACACCGCCGUCAGGAGGGCCGUCAAGCCAAAUGGAAGUCGGCAAUGGAAUAUUUCUAGCAGCGACUUGAAUAAGAUCCAUCCACUCCCCUUAUCUGGCAAUCGAAUGACACCGACGACUCGACCGCAUCAGGGGCGACGUGACUUUAUUUUUUUGAGUGGUCGCGACCGCGUGCUCGACCACCUCGCACCGCCUCGCCGUCAGGAUAGGACGCUAAACAGUCAACACGAUCCAGAAAAUGAUCGUGUGGAUAUUCAUUCUUUGAAUAACCUCGGGACAUUCACCACAGCCAGUACGGCUCGAGUGGAAACCACGACGGCUGUUCCAACUACUCUCUCAACCUCGCAACCACCUCGUCCAGGAAGAGAGAAUAGACAACCGCGCUGGUGGCAGCAGCAAGAAAGACGAAGGAAGCAGUUGUUGGAUCUUAUUUCUGAACUCUUACAAACGCGCUCAUGAAGUUAUUACUGACUACGAACCUCUGAGAUUCUGCGAACCACUGUAUCGACUCCCAUGCAACACGUAGGUGAAAUGAAAUGUGCGACGAGAAAUGUUUAGUCCCGUAGUGUCUGCGGUUGGUGAAAGUUUCUUGAAGUCACGUGCUCUCAGAAUUUAGCGACAGUCCGUGCAGUUUCCAGGAUGCCUUAAUUCUAUCAAUUCAGCAAAUUCGAGUUCUAUUUAUACAAGCCUCGAAGCUUGGACUGCCGAGGGCAGUACUUCUAUUUCAGUCUUCGUGGCUUGAGUGACGUUUCUGGCAACAAGCCCAGACGCUUACUUCAAUCAAUCGCACUCCUAUUAUGUCUACUCUUAGCCACUGUGAGCGGCGAACACCGGGAAAAAGCCCCGAUGUUUCAACCGCCAAACCCCGAUGUUUCAACCUUCUAGUGGCUUUUUUUGUUAAAUGUCGAGGUAAUUACUGCGCAACGUGAGAUUACAAGCUUUAGGCUUCAGGCCAUGAGAGGUCGGGAUAGACUUGUAGUGUUAGUCUAGUCGUUGUCCUGACUUUGUACUGGUGCUUUUAGUAUCAUAAUCAGACUGCAACGAUCAUUAGAAAGGAAGCAAAUUUAUUUGCUGAUUUUUAAUUUCAAUAUAAACAAUAAGAACCACA